AAAGCAUGGUGGAUGUGGUGAGCUCAGCCCGGGACUGCCUGCAGGCGGGGGAGUCCUGCACCAACGAUCCCAGCUGCAGCUCCAAAUUCCGGACCCUCCGGCAGUGCAUCGCCGGCAACGGUGCCAACAAGCUGGGGCCGGACGCCAAGAGCCAGUGCCGGAACACGGUGACGGCGCUCCUCUCCAGCCAGCUCUACGGCUGCAAGUGCAAAAGAGGGAUGAAGAAGGAGAAGCAGUGCCUUAGCGUCUACUGGAGCAUCCACCACACCUUGAUGGAAGGUAUGAAUGUGAUGGAGAGCUCCCCUUACGAACCCUUCGUGAGAGGCUUUGACUACGUCCGGCUGGCUUCCAUCACUGCAGGCCGCUGUCUCAAUGGUGGAGCCCCCAAAGCCCUAAACGUUAACUCUGACGUGGCAGAAUAUCUUGCUUCAAUUCAGCUCCCUUGCUGGGCCCAGUCAGAAUCCAGAUACGCUGAAUUCCAGUUUAACUGCCAGCCAUCCACGCAGUCCGCGACGGGAUGCCGGAGGGAGAACUUUGCAGCCUGUCUCUUGGCCUACACUGGAAUCAUUGGUAUACGACAGUCCGGCUUUUGUCUUCCAGAAAAUGCCAUCCAGGCCUUCGGCAACGGGACGUACCUGAGCUCAGCCCCGGGCCCUUCCACCCCUCCGACGACGCAGCUGCGCAAACAGGAGCGGAACGCCAACAAAGCAGCCGCCACCCUCCGAGAGAACAUCUUCGAACAGCUACAGCCCACCAAGGUCUCUGCUGAGGAGAAACUUCUGGGAGGCGCCACUCAUCUCGCAUCCGACUCUUCCAACGCAGUGAUGGCUUCCGCCACGAGCGACUGGUUGAUGCUACAGGGCUCCGUGUCGAUCGUCACCUUGCUCCUGGCGUCCAUGUGA